AUGAAAUCUCUGCUUCGUCACGAUGAUGCACAACAGGAGAAUCACGAUGGUGGUCUCCUCAUCAACAACCCCACAGCGUUGGCCAUCCAUGAGUGUAAGCUGCUGUGGCCCAACACCCCAGUGCAGUGUGUUGUCUCCCUGGGUACGGGUCGCUAUGAGACCGUCAACAAGAACAACACCACCUCCACCAGUCUCAAAGCCAAGAUCACCAACGUCAUCAGCAGUGCCACCGACACAGAGGAGGUCCACAUCAUGCUGGACGCCCUCCUUCCACCCAACACCUACUUCCGUUUCAACCCCUACAUGAGCGAGGACAUCCCAUUGGACGAGAGCCGCCCGGAGAGGCUGACCUUCCUGCAGGAGGAAGGAACUCGCUACCUGGAGAGGAACGAAGCCAAGCUGAACAAGGCAGCGUCGGUGCUGGCUCUGGAGAAGAGCGCCAUCCAGAGGCUGGCUGAAUGGUGCAAACUGAAGGCCGACAU